UGAAACAACCACUGUUCAAUCAAGAAAAAACAUCCUAAAUCCUAAUCAUCAGUACUCAGUACUAAAUCAAGAGAAUCUGUAUCUCUGCCUCAAUUUCUGGUCAGAAAAUCUCUGCUUUCUCAAUCUGUCAACACGAGGCGGAUCCAGAAUUUAAUCAUUAACGAUGAAUAUCAUCAAAUCAUCCACUUCUUCAACAACUAACAAAAGCACAAAACCAAGAAAGAAUACUGGCAGCAAUGUAAGUAGUACUCAAAGUGGCAAACAAAAUGCAGAGGAACAGCAGAAUAACUGUAGAUAUUUGGGAGUGAGGCGUAGGCCGUGGGGUCGAUAUGCUGCGGAGAUAAGAGAUCCGAAUACGAAAGAAAGGCAUUGGCUGGGAACAUUUGACACUGCAGAGGAAGCUGCUUUGGCCUAUGAUAGAGCUGCACGUUCUAUGCGCAGCAACAACAACAAAUCUAACAAACCAAUUCGGACCAACUUUGUCUAUUCCGACAUGCCACAUGGUUCUUCUGUCACUUGUAUGAUUUCCCCUGACGAGGAAUAUCAUCACCAUUUGCAACAACAUCAACAGCAACAACAAUUAUUGGUUUUUGGCCAGACCGAGAAUGUUCCCGUCCCUACUGUCAACUAUGCGGACUUCAGUCACUUCUCCAUCAGCAACAUGAAUAUUAGCAAUGGCGGCGGUGGUGGUGGUGAAGAUUUUGCAUUACAACAGUACUAUAACUCCAACUACAACAUGCAUAUGGAAGACGAUUACAGGUACGAUAGUAAUAAAGCAACAUCAACAGACUUACCACCAUUGCCUGAGGAUAUAACAAGCAGCGGCAAUUGCUACUACUUCAGUGAGGAAAGUGAUCAAACGACUCAAUUUCCAGCAACAACAGCAAUAUCAUCAGUUUCAGAUAUGGGAUAUAGCAGUAAUAGUACUAGCCUUUUGAACGAAAUGAUAAUGCCAAUGAGUUUUGGUACAAACAAUGAAUAUCAAUAUGGCAUGACAUGUGGAGAACUAGGAGGAGGAAGUACUAUCACUACAACAAGUAGUACAACAACUGGGAGCUAUAACGGUUUCGGGUUUGAUGAUUGUUUACAGCCACUGCAAUAUUGCAGCAGUAACAUUAUGCAAGAUGAAUCCAACAACACUACUUUGGGUUAUUGGUUCUCAUAAGAUCUUCGAGGGCAUCCCAUUUUCUUUUUGUUCAUUUCAUUUAUUUCUUGAGCCGAGGGUCUAUCGGAGGCAAGUUUUUCUAUCAAGAUAUGCGCACACAGUAUCCUCCAUUGAAAAUACACUGUGUAUGUUGUUGUUGUUGUAUCAUUUACUUCAAUGUGUCUUCUGCUAUGGAGAGCUUCCUUUCCAGUGAACUCCACGCGAGUUCGAAUUGGUCGGACCAGUGAAUUUCUACUGGAUGGUUAUAAGAAAAUACUAAAUGAUUAAUUCUCCAUGUGCUUGUUUGUCUUCUUAAUUAUUUGGUCUUACUAAUUACUAAAGCAAUUUCUUCUUCCAUUCAUAUGUCUUACUAUCCUUACACAUACCUUGUAUAACUUGUAUUGAA